AAACAUUAAUUUUCUUGAAGAAAUGUUUAUUCUACCAAGGAUUAUAGAGUGAUUAACUUACAGUAUGAAAAAGAAAUCAGAAGAAUUCACGUGUACGAUAAAUAAAUAAGAAAAGGGAAUUUACUAAAAAUUAUUUACCGCAAUGUUAGUUUAGGUUGAUGUGACCUCUAUCUCGUUUAGUUUUUAAGUUCAAGGUCCCUAUUCGAAGGAGUACUGGCUCCUCCAACGGAAGCGUGUCUUUUCCUUUGAACUUAUAUAUAGAAUGAAUCCAUACGAGUCGACUAAUAUAAGUCACUCGGGCGAGUGACUCCGGUAGUCGCGUGUGCUGCAAUGACGAGAGCAUUCUCUUAAAGUGAUCUAAAUGACUUUGGGACGUGACGUGAUAAACGAAGAAAAGAGUGAGGCCGAGGUAUGACGAUUGGAACGUUCUUUCGAGGUGAUCCACGAUAGUAGAGUGUGCCUUGUGUUACGUCGCAGUUUCUUCAUCAUCUUGGUUACAGACGAAAAAAAAUUCCUUUCCAACGGAUAAUGGACGAUAAACAGAUGUACGAGAAUUCCAGCGAUAUACCGAAGAUUAACGUGCAGCGUGCAACGAUUAAGGUUAGCGAGGAAAGGCCGCGGCGAUACUCGUUAACCAGUUUAAAAGAUUGUCGUCUCUCGGUUGACGAAAACGAUUACUGGAGAACGGUAGAAGGAGACGCUGGAGCACACGAAAAUGUUGAAAAAACGAGUCAGUCAAAAAUGAAGCCGCUGGCUAAUAACAAAAAAAGGACCAGACAUUAUUCUUUGACCAGAUUAAAAAAUCGCCGUUCUUGUCUCAAUUUCGAUGAUGACAAAAAUAUCUUGACAAAGACGGGUGUUAACGAGACUGCUAAAGACAAAACGACACAAACUUUGAGGCUACCAUUACCUGGUGAAGGAAAAACGAUACAUUGUUCUUUGUCGAAUUUGAACGAUCCAUCAAACGAUCUCCUAUCCACUAGAUUGGCUUCCUUUAGAUCCGUCAGAUAUCGACAGUCGAGUAGCUCGGAGAAAAUCGUGAUCGAUGACAUCCCUUUGAUCGAAACCACGAACGAUCACGUGGAAAUUGAUGCCGGUACACCUCCGCCAGUUGACGAAUCUCUCUUCUACGAUAAUCUCGACGUAUUUAAACAAGCACAGAUCAACAGUAACGAUCUUAGAUCGAUCAUGUGGUCGAUCUUUACGACUGCAGAAAUGAAGAUACUGCUCGAGCUAGAAAAAUGCAAUACUUUGCCGGCGAUGCCGCCGGGAGAACGAAUUAGAAAUAUAGCGUACAUGUGGUCUUGUUACCGUGGUUUAGUACAUCUGCUACCGAAAUUGGAACAAUCAGGCGCGAGACUCGAUUACGUGGAGCCUUGUACGGGCAUGAACGCCAUCCUAGCUGCUUCGUUAAGCGGUAACGUAGCUUGCAUCGAGCAUUUGAUAAAGAGGGGCGUUGAUAUCAAUUACAGGAAUCCAAUCAAUCAUUAUACGCCUCUUCACUUCUCUGUCCUCGGAAAUUCGCCGGAUGUAGCGCGAAUACUUCUUGAUAACGGCGCAAAACCGAGCACGUAUCUUUAUCAGGAAACGGUCGAACCAGUUUUACAUUGCGCUAUCAGAGCAGGAGCUGUAAAAAUAGUGAAGUUAUUGUUGGAACAAGGAGCAAGCGUUGUCGAAAAGAAUCACAUGGGAGAGACGCCGCUUCACGUAGCUUGUUUCAUUCAGUCGAUAAAAUGCGUUGAAUUACUUCUAGAUUCGCCUGGUACCAACAUCAACGCGGUGGACCGAGCUCAUAGAACUCCUCUACAUUUCGCUGUGAUGACUACUUAUUCUUCUGCAAAGCUCGUAGAACUUCUAUUAAAACACGGUGCCCUAGUGAAUGCCGCAGACAAAACUGGCUUCACUCCUCUUCAUGUGGCAGCCCUGAACGAACAAUCUCACUGUGUCGAUGUACUGAUUUGGGCUGGUGCAGACGUUAGUGCGACCACCAGUGCCGGACUUUCUGCCUUGAACAUUAUACUUAGGAAGAUACCAGAAUCUCUUCAGGUGUUUCGACAGAGAUUAGAUGCCUCGAUAACACUCAGAAGACCCGUUCCUCAUAACAGAGAGUUCGAAAUGAGGCUGCACUUCGAUCUACUCUUCCCCAGUGGCAAUCAAUGCGAGACCAGCUUCAUAAACACGUUUGUCCAGGAACGUCGUAAAGAUUUACUGUCGCACCCAUUGGUAAUGGCUUUCUUGCAUCUAAAAUGGGAAAAAAUAAGAAAAUUUUAUUUACUCAGGAUCCUAGUUUACGCCAUGACCGUGAUCUGUAUGACGACUUACGUGCUCACGGCGCUAGCUUACAAAUGUUACAACUACGAAGAGGCAAAUAGCUCCAAGAUUUGCAGCAGCAAACGUAUUUCUGGAUUUUUGUUCAGACGACCAGUGAUCGAGAUCCAAUGGUACCUCUUAUUAAUCUUCACUUGCAUCUCCAUUCCUAGGAAGAUAUUCGGUUUCAUGGUGUACACAUCCGCGAAACAGUACUUUUCCAAUAUUGACAACGUGCUAGAUGGUAUCGUUAUAAUUAGCGUUUUUGUUACGUCAUUCGUGUACACAGGACGUACAUACGAUUGGCAAAAUUACGUCGGAGCAUUCGCGAUACUAUGCGCCUGGACAAACUUAAUGUUGAUGGUUGGCCAACUUCCAGCCUUUGGCACGUAUGUAGCGAUGUUUACCCACAUACAGUUCGAAUUUGCCAAGCUGUUGCUCGCUUACUCUGGAUUACUGAUAGGGUUCACUAUUAGCUUUUGCGUAAUUUUCGUCGGUGAACCAUCUUUUGGCAACCCUUUCACAGGACUCAUUAAAGUACUGGCGAUGAUGGCCGGAGAGUUGGACUUCGAGGGACUGAUUACGCAAAUCGAUGAAGGUUUAGAAGGAAGCUCCGAGGGACCUUUCGUUAUUUAUCAUCCAUUGUCGGUAUGCUCUCAGAUCCUCUUCACGCUAUUCAUCGUGUUCGUCACAGUGAUCUUAAUGAACUUGUUGGUUGGGAUCGCUGUUCACGAUAUUCAAGGAUUAAGGAAUCAUGCUGGUCUCACAAAGCUUGUACGCCAGACAAAAUUGAUCCUGUUUACGGAGAUGGUGUUACAUAAUAGUUCGAUUCCAUACGCUUUUCGAAAGUGGAUGUCCGAUCAUAAGAUUAACGUGGAAAACAGAAAAAGGGUUUUGGUAGUGAAACCGUUGAAUCCUUUGGAGAAAAGGCUUCCGAAGGACAUUCUAAAGGCUGCUUAUGAAAUCGCACAGAAAAAUAUACCGUUUAUGAACGAUGAUAACAUUAAUCUGAGCGACCAUGUAAUGAGGAUGAGACAGCAGAGCGAGGACUGCUUUGACUCAAAUUUACAACUUGUUAUCGAGAAUCUGGCCAACAAACUACAGUCCUACGAGGACACGAUCAUGUUGGUGAAGGAGCAAUUAUUAAAUACUAAUAAAAUGCUGGAGAGUGUUGUGAAAAAUCUGACAAAGGAAAAGAAUAAUUGAGAUCAGCUAGGUCAUAUUUCCAUUAAUUUUUACGGAAAUGAUUGACAAAGUUGAUAUUGAAGCAAACAUUUCUGGUGGGGGACCUACUGGACAAGCUGGCGCUAUUCGAUUUGGUAUUGCAAAUGGGCUUCAAAGCUUUGUCGAUAGUCAAA